GUUUUAUUUCAGAUUAACAUGUGAUCACUAAGAUGUCUUGCGGAGACGGAGAACCGUCUGAUGCAGAAGAUACGAUGAAAUCUCCUAAAAACGUCGAAGUUGUAAUUGAUCCUGAGGACAUAGGAGACCUUGAUGAUAUUGUGGACCAUUGUAGCCAAGAAUAUGUAUCCCUAAAUAAUACUCUGGACCAGCUGGAUACAUGUCUGGCGACCUUGGAAGAGCAGAGUGAUGGACUGUAUGCUCGGCUUAAGGAUCUACUUGCCUCUACAAAGGAUAUUCGCCAAGAGCUACAAAUGCAGAAUAACAGUGGCAAUAGUUCUGACCAGCCUGAACAUUGAUUAUGAAACAAAGCAUUUUCAUGUUGACGAAUAUUCCAAAACCUAAUUCUGGCUUUGUAGAUUGGAUGUAUUAUUUACAUGUUACUAAUAUUGUAUUGAAAGACAAUAGAGUUUAAUCAAAAAGACCUUGUGUAAUCAGUCUUUCUCCAUUUACAUUCCAGUCUAGUAUAUUCAAGAUGAUAGCAUCGUACUGAUUCUUUGUGUAGAAUAUUUACUUAGUGAAUUGUUUGAUCACCAAAGUAUCUGGUAUGUAAUUAGCUACAAGACUGUUGGUAUUUAUUUUUUCCUUCCUAUUAUUCUUAUACAAAAUAUUAAUACAAUGUAUAUAUUGACUGUUGUACAAGUCACUGAAUGAUAUUUUGAAGAUUGGUCCCUUAAUCAAUUUGAAAGAAAUUGAAUUAGAUUUAAAUAUUUUUAUCUAAAUUAGAUGUAAACAAUUUUCUGAUACAGUGUAUUGUAUUUCCCUUCCUUGUUAUUUUUUUUGUUACUGUGGCAAGUAGUGGCCAUUUGUGAUACUUGGAAGUUGUGACUGAAUAAAAAUAGUUUUAUUUAUACCCUU